AUGGACGCUCAGCGGGUAAAGGACACGAGGACAUCUAAGAAAGCCGGAGCCGCGACUCCAAAAGGCUCGACGCGAAAUGCGAGAGGCGCCCAGGCUGAGCCCACCGAAUUUCCGCCUGCCUCUGGGAACACUCAGCUUUGCCCGGGAAGCUGCAGCCCCUCGGGUGAGUCCCUGCGAAAGAACAUGGUCCAGGGUCCCCUGGAGAAGCCUCAGGUCCGCUCGCUGGGGGCCCGCGGCAAGAAGGCGCCCAUUAGCGCCAGGGACCCGAAACCCUCCGAUGACGCCGACGCCGUCCGGUUGGAGGGGCGGGAAGCUACGAAGGGCCCGGCGGAAAGGCAAGACUCUUACGAAUCUCAGAAGCCUCCGGUAGUGAGGGCAGGAUCUCGCCGCCUACGGGGCUCGGGAUCCGUUCGGGAGCGGAGAUCCGCGCCCCGGCUUAAGGAGUUGCCGAGCCCCGGCCCGCUGGUUUCGGCCCCGAGCCUCGAUCGGAGUGAGUCAGCGCCCAGAGAAUGGAAGCCCCGGGUAGUGUUGGAUAGGUUGAGGUUGAGCCGUCCGGAGAUCACAAUGGCGGCAGAAACCGUGAACAAGGUCGUAGACCACCUGUUGCGGAAACUGCAGUGCUUCGAAUUCAAAGGCAUCUCGCCGCUGCGUGCGGGAAGCUACUACGAACGUGUAAAGGUAUCUGCUCCUAAUGAAUUUGAUGUCAUGUUUAAACUGGAAGUCGAAAGAAUUCAGCUAGAAGAAUAUGGCGAUAGUGGAGCUUUUUAUUUUGUGAAGUUCAAAAGAAAUCCCAAGGGAAAUCCUCUGAGACGGUUUUUAGAAGGUGAAAUAUUAUCUGCUUCUAAAAUGCUGUCCAAGUUUAGGGAAGUCAUUAAGGAAGAGAUUAAAAAUAUUGAAGAUAUAACUAUUACAUUGCAGAGGAAGAAGAGAGGGAGCCCUGCUGUAACCCUUCUUAUUAGAACACCUAUAGAAUUAUCUGUGGAUAUAAUCCUGGCUUUGGAAUCAAAAGGCAGCUGGCCUGCUAGCACCCAGGAAGGUCUGCCCAUCAAUAACUGGCUUGGAGCAAAAGUUAGGACUGAACUGAGACGUCAGCCAUAUUGCCUUGUACCCAAACAUGCAAAGGAAGGAACUAAUUUUCAAGAAGAAACAUGGCGGCUGUCCUUUUCUCAUAUUGAAAAGGACAUUUUGAAAAAUCAUGGACAAUCUAAAACAUGCUGUGAAAAUGAUGGAGUGAAAUGUUGCAGGAAAGACUGUUUAAAAUUAAUGAAGUAUCUUUUAGAACAGCUGAAAAAAAAGUUUGAGAACCGAAAAGAACUGGACAAAUUCUGUUCUUACCAUGUGAAAACUGCGUUCUUUCACGUAUGUACCCAGGACCCACAUGACAGUCAGUGGCACUCAAAAGACCUGGUUCAGUGCUUUGAUAAUUAUGUGACAUAUUUUCUACAGUGCCUCAGGACAGAGCAAUUGAAGCAUUAUUUUAUUCCCGGAUACAAUCUAUUCUCUCCAAACCAAAUUGGAAAAGUAAAUAAAGAAUUUCUGUCAAGACAAAUUGAAUAUGAAAAAGAUAAUGGAUUUCCACUUUUUCUUGAAUUUUGA